AUGGUCGAGAUAAGGUUGAAAACGAAGCACACGAGCUGCGAAUUCCACCUGGACUUUAACGAAGUCAAACUACCAGAUGAUGUGAAUAUACUAAAAGACUUAGAGAAGGAGGUAGAGAAUUCUAUUUACCAUUUGAAACGAUCAAAUGAUGAAAUUAAAAAGUUCGAUCCGGAAGGUGCAGAUCAGGAUCUCCUCAUGGCACUGAAUGAGAAUAGAUUUUCUUUAUGUAGGAAGGAGGAACGGCUGCGCAUAAUUAAAGACAAGAUACGGAUAUUGGAUGAUCACCCUGCUGUGGAUCAAACAAAUGUGAUAGCUGCCCCAGUGGUAUGCACGGGGAAGACGAAUCAGCGCGAGGGAAUUGCUCAUACGCUUGCCAGUCAGAUGGGCGAUGAGUACAUGACUGAUUCAGAUGAGAAGGAUGCGUUAAUGGAGAGUGAUGCUAAUGGCAAGGUCUGCAGUGAGGUUGUUCCUGUGUUGGCGCAGGAAAAAGAGGAGAAGAAGAAUUCUAUGCCCCAGCCAGGAACACUCGGGGGUGGAGGCAUUUACCUAUAG